AUGGCCGCGUUCCGUAACUGUUCACUUGAUGGUAUUUGCUUCGUUCAGCAAAUCGUUCAUAUUCUACGGGUUGCGUGCAAUCAACCUCCAGAGACUCAAGUUGUCGAAGGAAUCAGGAUCUGUGAACUCGUUAAUCUUUCACUUGUAGUUCUUCAUUGCUUAUGUCGAAACAGAGAGCUUCUGGAAAUGAAAAUUAAUGAGAGGAAUAGAUAUUAA